GUUCAAAGCCUUGUGUGCAUAAUUGCAUUGUUAAACAAGGGAUUUAAUCAAAACGCCGGUGGCCACACAAAACGACAUGCAUCGACGCCCUACGAUACAUAUGACGUUGUUCGAUCCACAUUGAAGCUUCCAGAGCAACGUUCUCGGCCGUGAAGGAAUGGAAGUGUCCUGAAGCAGUGCAGAGACUGGGAUUCCCACUCUACUGUCGCCAUGAUUGCGUGCUAUUGCUCUCUGGUUCGACUCUCGCCUCCUAUUCACGAGCAGUAUUUGGUGUGGACUCCAAAUCCUAAGAAACCGAAUUUCCCUCUCACUUCCACUGCGCACACUACGAAUUCGUCCAGAUUCAUCACCAGAGUUCUCCAACAUGGAGUUGAAGUUGUAUCCCCUGAGAAUGUUUCCUUGCCAAGUCCAGUAAUCGAUACGAAAGAGGAUAAGGAGGAUGUCAAUGGCCUUGUCGCUGGAGGCGCCUUAUCAAAUGAUAAAACCUUUGUUUCUUCAACCAGAGUUAAGAAGAAGAGACCAGAAGAAGAUAGUUUUGAGAAUAGAUUUAAGCUUCGAAAUGGAAGAGAGGUAUUUGAAGAAAAAGCCUACCUUGUGGGUGUUGAGCAAAAAGGUGUUAAAGUUGAUUCUUUUGGUAUUGAGGAAUCGCUGAAGGAAUUGGCUCAGCUUGCUGAUACUGCUGGACUGAUGGUUGUUGGCUCCACUUAUCAGAAACUGACUACUCCAAACCCGAGGACAUAUAUUGGAUCUGGUAAAGUUGCAGAAAUUAAGAGUGCAAUACAUGCUUUGGAUGUUGAGACUGUCAUAUUUGAUGAUGAGCUUUCUCCAGGGCAACUGCGCAACUUGGAAAAGACUUUUGGUGGAGAUGUUAGAGUUUGUGAUCGCACUGCCCUUAUCCUGGAUAUCUUUGACCAGCGAGCAGCAACACAUGAAGCAUCUUUGCAGGUCACUUUGGCACAAAUGGAAUACCAGUUACCUCGAUUAACUAAAAUGUGGACUCAUCUUGAGCGCCAAGCAGGAGGAAAGGUCAAGGGUAUGGGUGAGAAACAAAUUGAAGUAGACAAGCGUAUCCUACGCACUCAAAUUGGUGUCCUUAAAAAAGAGCUAGAAUCUGUUAGAAAACACAGAAAGCAGUACAGGAACAGACGUGUUUCUGUACCUGUCCCUGUAGUAUCUUUGGUUGGCUAUACAAAUGCUGGAAAGAGCACACUUUUAAAUCAGUUAACUGGAGCUGAUGUUCUUGCUGAAGAUCGCUUAUUUGCAACCCUUGAUCCAACCACAAGAAGGGUUCAGAUGAAGAAUGGGAAUGAGUUUCUUCUCACAGAUACUGUUGGUUUCAUCCAGAAGUUGCCAACUACACUGGUUGCUGCCUUCAGAGCAACUCUGGAAGAAAUAUCAGAAUCGUCACUUUUGGUUCAUGUGGUAGACAUCAGUCAUCCACUAGCAGCGCAACAGAUAGAGGCGGUGGAGAGAGUUCUGUCAGAACUGGAUGUGUCAUCAAUUCCAAAAUUAAUGGUUUGGAAUAAGGUUGAUAGGGUUAGUGAUCCUGCAAAAACAAAAGUGGAAGCAGAGAAGAGACCAGAUGUUGCUUGCAUAUCUGCUUUAAAUGGUGUGGGUCUGCAAGAUUUCUGCAUGGCAGUUCAGGAAAAACUUAAGGAUUCUAUGGUAUGGGUGGAAGCUUUGAUCCCAUUUGAGAAAGGAGAUCUUCUUAGUACCAUACACCAGGUUGGGAUGGUGGAGAGAACUGAAUAUAUGGAGAAUGGAACAUUGGUAAAGGCAUAUGUCCCUCUUCGUUUUGCAAGACUGCUCACCCCUAUGCGACAGCUCUUGGGGAAAAAAGACACACACAGAGUGAGAGAGAGAGAGAAACAUGCAGUGAUUGUUUGAAACAGUACCAGGAAAGCGGAAAGCUUUUGUACAUAGGCACAUGGCAUACCCGAUCCAAGAUGUAACAAAAUUUGAAUAGUUGCCAUACUUUGGUAUGAUAUAAUUAUCUUCUCAAUAUCUUUCAAUUA